UUACAAACAGCCAUUAAUUCCCAGGGUAGAUGGUCAAGAGAGUUCGCGCCAUUAACGUGCUGCGUCAAUUUCCCUCCUCUUUCCUUCUUUCUUUCGUUUCUGUUCCGUCCCCAUUUUCUUUCUAGCUGUGCCUGGGCACCUGAGAUGCCCAGGAACCCUCCUCACGCAAUGAAUAUUGCAUCGAAGACCGGGUUACUUUUAUUUACGGGGAAUUCCCACCCUGACUUGGCGAGACUUGUGGCGAGCCGUCUAGGAUUGGAGCUUGCACCAUGUUCAGUGAGAAAUGACGAGAAUGCAGAAACUAAAGUAGAUAUAGAUUGUUCUGUCAGAGGACAAGAUGUCUUCAUCAUUCAGACUGGAAGCAAAGAGGUGAACACCAGUAUUAUGGAGCUGCUGAUCAUGAUGUAUGCGUGUAAGACGUCCUGUGCAGAGAGUAUUGUAGCUGUCAUCCCCUACCUGCCGUACAGCAAACAGAGUAAGAUGAGAAAAAGAGGAUCCAUCCCCGCCAAACUACUUGCCAGUCUACUGUGUAAAGCAGGCAUGACACACCUGAUCACAAUGGAUCUCCACGCUAAGGAAAUCCAGGGUUUCUUUGAUGUCCCUGUGGACAACUUGAGAGCAUCACCUUUCCUCCUGCAGUACAUACAGGAACAGAUCCCAGACUACAGAAAUGCAGUCAUAGUUGCUAAGAACCCAGGAUCUGCAAGAAGAGCACAGUCGCUUGCCGAGAGGCUGCGGCUGGGGCUGGCUGUCAUCCACGGCGAAACCAAAGAGGCAGAGUCAGAUGCGAUCGACGGGCGCCACUCGCCUCCGCCGGUCGUCGCUCAGAAUACUGGGUUAGAAUGGCCUAGUGGACGCUAUUGGUCAGCUGACUUUGGAAUCGGAGUCCCAAUGCUAACGGCCAAGGAAAAACCUCCCAUCAACGUUGUAGGAGAUGUAGGGGGCCGCAUAGCCAUCAUUGUGGAUGACAUCAUCGACGAUGUGGAGACUUUUGUUGCGUGUGCGUCCAUGUUGAAAGACAGAGGCGCGUACAAGAUCUAUGCCAUGGCGACCCACGGUCUGCUGUCAUCGGACGCCCCCAGACUGCUGGAGGAAUCUACCAUUGACGAGAUUGUGGUUACCAACUCGGUGUCACAUGAGGUGCAGAAGCUGCAGUGCCACAAGAUCAAGACAGUGGACAUAAGUGUGCUGAUCUCCGAGGCCAUCCGACGUAUCCACAACCAAGAGUCCAUGUCCUACCUGUUCAGAAACAUUACUAUGGAGGACUAGAGUAUACAUGUAUAGGGCUAUAGGUUUGUUGAGGGUUAGGAGAUGGGUUUGAAUUAUGCGUUGCAUUUGACUUCUGGUUUGUUGUAGACCUAACUUGCACAGAUUGCGUGAUUUAACACUUUGUUUGUUGUGGUAUUUUUGAAAACCAGGUAAAAGUUACUCGAGAAUGAACUUGUGCAUGGGUUGACUUUCUACUACAAUAUAUAUAUAUAUUACGCAAACAUAGAUAUUAAUGUAUGAUGAACAAAAAGAUACUCCAUAAAAGACAGUUUAUAAACUUUCAGACAGUAAAUGUCACAGUAUAUGCAUGUUAGACUUUAGAUACACAGUAGUAUGUUAAAAAGAAACCUUAAAUGUUACUGAUAGAGGUAUUGAAAGGUAUCAUCCAUUUUUAAGAAAAACCCUGUUGUCAACUUCGGUUAGAAUGUUCUAGAAUGAAGUAACAUAUAUAGGAUGCUGCUAUCUGGAGUAUAAAGACAGUUUAGUGCAAGGCUGUCAGACAUACAGUGUGUUCUGAAAAGUUUAUUGUUACAAAGAAGGUACAGGUUUUAUUUAUGUACCUGGGAUUUUGUGGUUCCAAAGUUUGGUACCACCAUGCUUUUUGUAUGAAAUUUUAUGUGUAUGUUUCAGAGUUAAGUGUACAUGUAUGAUAGGUCCUCACAGGCUCAAGGACUGACAAAGAGAGUUUGAAACAGAUGUCUAUGAUGUAAAGGUAUGUACAUGUUCCAGUAAGAAACAGAGGAAGGAAUAAUGUUGGAUAGCCAGAGAUUACUGUACGAUGGCACAACAAAAAGUAGUCUGUAUUCUGAGAGCUUUAAGUAAAGAUGCUUUGGAAGCAGUAACAGUUGAUUCAACUUGUCACAGUAAAUUGAUAUUUGAUGAAAAUUUGAUGACCAGGGAAAAUUUCUGCCUGGAAAGUAAAAAUCGUGAUCAAACGUAUUACAGCAACCUGCUUUAAUGAUUUUAUUACAGUGGUGGAUACAGACAGUGGUUGCCUGACAUGCUGACCUGAUAAUCCUAACCACUCUUCCAAGAGUUUAAUGCCUGAAAAAUGUGCUGUUUCUACAAUACAAAGCUCUUGCAAUGCAGACUACAAUUGUUGGUGUUGCACUACGACUGGUGUACAGCCCCAAAUCUGUAUGUUCCUGUAUAUCUAACCUACAAGCACAGACAUGUCAGAUGAAAAGUAGACAACAUUCUUUCAUGGAAAUUUUGUGAUUCAAUCUGUAGCUUCUGCAUUGACCUGACGUGAUUGACUUGCAGCUUCCUGUGAAGCAAAUUAAACGUGUGAUGAAUUAA